UCCAGAUUUUCUGAGCGGGGACCACAAAUUACAAAACAUAUUCAAGGAUUAAAUUUGUACCGUUAACUCUCAAUUCCCAUCAUUUAAGCAAAAACAAAGAGUGGAACUAUGUCACAGAUAUACCUGAAAGUUCCGCAGAUUUCAAAAUCUUUGCUGACAAGGACUUUUAAACAGUGUUUGAGGAAGAAAUUCCAAGCAUGUUGCAGUACCUCUUCAGCGAACGAAAAUACACAAACUUUUUCAAUAUCAAACACCAAUCCAGGAUUUUUAGAAGGGAAAUUUAUGGCUACUGACAAGUUUGGUAAACUAAAUAUCGACGUACCAUUUGAUAUUCACAUCGAAUCCCUGAAUCCAGACAAAUAUCCAGAAAUGAACAAAAUGUUUGUAAAAUUAUUUUAUGUCCUACAACCUGAUGAAAAGGUGGAUUCUUCUGUAUUGGUGGCCCUGAGGCAGUGCUAUACGUUUAGUAUGAACUUUCAAGAUAAGAAAGAAUUUACUGCCAAAGGCCAUUUCAAUUCAAAAGUGGAAUACCCUGUAAAAUGUGUUGUUCAACUCCCCAUGAAAUUUGAUCUUGAUGUAACAGCUAGAGGAUGCAGAACUACUAUUGAAAAGAUGGAGAGUGAGAGGAUCACAGUCAAAGCGAAGUCUGAGAGGGCGGCAUCAACACAGUCAGUCUGUACUCUAAAGAAUGUAAAGUGUGGUACUGUAGAAGUACAGGGUACAGAUUGUGAUGUUACAAGUGAGAAACUCCUACAGGGGAAUUCCAAGAUCAUCCUAAAAGGACAAGGGAAUAUUACCACAGAGAGAUUACUGGGAUUAACAAUUCAGUGUCAAACAGAAAAUGGAGGCAUCUCUGCAACCUCAGUGUACGGGGAAAACAAUAGUUUCCAUAGCAACACUGGAAAUAUCAGCCUUAGUAACUGUCAUGGGAAAACUGAGGUCAAGGUCAAUUCUGGAGAUCUUAAAAUUGAUGGCUUAGAGGGAGACUUUAAUGGCACUGUCAAUGAAGGAAACUCAGAUCUGUACAUAACAAAGCCAGAAAACAUAGCCAUGACAACAAAUAAAGGAAACAUAGCACUGAAAGUUCAAGGAGAAGUCAACGCUUCUUUUGAUCUUAAUGGGUCAAAGGUCACCUACGAUACUUCUCUCUCAUUUAAUGAACUAAAAUUUUCUGAAGAUGACCCUAGAUCAUUUAAAGGUUCCCUUGGUGAAGGGGGUGGUAAUAUCUCUGCUACAACCGCAUCUGGAAGCAUUAAUGUGGAAUCAUUUGAUUGGUUAAAAUCACUCAACCUGAAAAGUGGAGAAUGAAUAACAUGUGUAAAGAAAAUAUCAUUUAUAAAUCUGUUUUAUGAUAUGUUUGAUAUUAAAAUUCUGUUUCAUAAACAAAGUCAGGUUUUCAUUUGAUAUACCCUUAAAAAGUCAUAUGUACAUCUACUUCAAACUCCUUUAAAUGGGAACUUAAUUUCCAAGAGAAAGGUUCCGAA